AUGGACGGAAUUCGUUUGGUGCCAGACAUCUCCUGGGCAGGCGUUUCGUGGCCCCAGCUCCUUGGUGUCGGGUUCGCAUUGUGGCUGCUCUACGGAGGCUUACUUGCCAUCUACCGCGUCACGCUCCACCCGCUGGCAAAGUUUCCCGGACCGAAGCUUGCCGGAGCAACGUUUUGGUACGAAGUAUGGUAUGAUGUGGUGCUUUGGGGCCGGUUCACUCACGAGAUCAAGCGAAUGCAUGAGAUCUAUGGUCCCAUCGUCCGGAUCAACCCUGACGAGGUGCAUUGCAAUGACCCAGAGUUCGUGGAAGCCAUCUAUGCGAAUGGCGCGAAGAAGCGCAACAAAUCAGAAAUGUUUGUCGCUGGUUUUGCUAAUGAUCUGAGAAACGGAGGCUUCGGAACUGUAGACCACGCGCAUCACAAGCUCCGACGAGCAGCUGCCAGCAAAUACUUCUCGCGCACCCAGAUUCAGAAGCUCGAGUGGGUGGUUCACCAACAUGCGCAGCGGUUAGCAGAUAAAUUCCUUGCCUAUCGCGGACAAGGUCCAUUCGAUGGCGCCUCCGCAUACAGCUGCUAUACUGCCGACAUCGUCAGCGAUUACUGCUUUGGCGAGGGGCUCGGGUUUCUCCAGCAGCCCACGUGGGAACCGAAUUUUAAAGAAGCUGUCUACACCAUGUUUCAUUUGAUUCACAUCAUGAGACACUUCCCAUGGACGACAAAACUGAUGGAGAUGAUUCCAGUUUGGGUGAUCAAACCGCUCUCUGCCAAGAUUGGGCUCCUCAUGGAAACGGUCAAAAUCAAGCUCCCAGAGCUGGUCAGGCAAACGAAAGCAAGGCAUGAAAACGGCAUCAAAAGAGAUCGCGUGACGGUGCUGCACUCGUUGCUCGAGUCGGAUCUGCCACCGGAAGAACUCACCGUCAAACGACUAGCCGGAGAAGCAAAUGUGUUCCUUUCUGCGGGAACUGAGACGACGGCAUCGGCUCUUACCAUAUGCACAUAUCAUCUGCUCAGAAAUCCAGACGCCGUGGCCAAGAUCAAGGCAGAGCUUGCAACCGUGAAUGCCGACCCCAAGAAGCUUCCCAGCUGGGCGACACUUGAAAGCCUCCCAUAUUUCAACGCUGUCCUCAUGGAAUCUCUCCGGCUGAUGUACGGGUCGCCGUCAAGACUGCCUAGAGUCGCACCCGAUGAAGACGUGGUAUACCAAGGCACGUGGACACCUCCGGGCGGAUCGGCGCCGGUCGAUGUUUCUCACGUCAUUCCGCGGGGCUAUGCGUACGGCAUGUCGGCGUAUAUCAUGCACACGGAUGAACGGCUCUUCCCAGAGCCCUCCAAGUUCCUCCCGGAGAGGUGGCUCGACGAGAACGGCCAGCGAAAGAAGGGGCUGGAGCGGUUCCUGCUCACGUUCUCGAAGGGAAGUCGGCAAUGCCUGGGAAUGCAGCUGGCGUACUGCGAGCUUCAUGUCGCGGUCGCGGUGGUGGUGUUGCGCGCGCUGCCGUACAUGCGACUGUACGAGACGACAGACGUUGACGUGGAGUAUGAUUUUGACCUUGCUGUCUCAAUGCCGAAGAAGGGGAGCAAGGGUGUUAGACUGGAGAUGAUUUGA